GCGUGUUUCUGUAUUGUUUUCUGUAUCAGAACUAUAUUCGCUAUAGUGUUUCUCAUCUUCUCUCCAUUCUACUAAUAAACUUACUCAAGCACAAUCAAGUAACUGUUUGACAUUCAAUAUACACAUCGCAAGAUUCACAGAUUACUACGAUCUUUUUGAUUAGACUUCAAGAGCAAAUUUCUAACGAGGGAACCAUCUGAGGUGAUACCUCCCGUUUUGAUUCAUUCAUAUCUCAUUUAGUUGAGUAUAUUGAGAUAGUAAAAACCUUAAAGAGGAUUUUCCCCAAUCUCAUUCCUUCAAAAGUUAUCGACGUUUUCCUAUUUUUACCCUUAUACAAGAUGAAAAAUUUUUUAAAUGACAAAUUAACAAAAUAAGUCAAAGAGAUCUGAAAGUUUGACUAUAUAUGGACUAUUUUAGUGUGGCGUAGUAGAGGAGUGUAUCUGUUUACUAGCGCCUUCUGUUAUGUGUUGAUAUAGCUCUAUAUAAAGGAAUACAAUACUACUAGUGUCUUUUUUCUCAUAUCUACAAGUACCGUUGCAGGCGGCUUCAAGAGACGCCGAAAGUCCAGAGCAGACACGGAGUCGAAUUGACGAUCAACGUGCAAGACAAGCAGCCUCCAGAGCAGUCGAGACUCCGGAGCAGAGACGGACUCGGAGUGAAGAUCAACGUAGACGACAAGCAGCCUCAAGAGCAGUACAUUGGACAUUCAUGGAAGGGGAAGCGUUGCGCUAUGAUCCAGCUAACAACUACGACAGCCAUCCUCAACUUCAUAUUGGACAAAUGACCGAUGUUUGCUCAUACUGUGAUGCUCUCAAGUGGCCUGGAGAAGCACCAGGUAUGUGA